AUGGUGAAAGUGCGGCACUUCGUUUUGAAUCAUGGAUACGACGAUAAAAUAUGGACCAAUGACGUCGGAAUGGAAUAUGCACUGCAACCAAUGACGUCCACUGAGUUGAAUCCACGGAAACAACGGGGGUGGCAAAUUUUGGACGAAAUGAAAACAUUGACAGCCAGCGUCCCGCUCUCCUCCGCCCCCUCGUUUUUCGUGUCCGCGUCGUCCGGAAUGUUAUUCUUGUCUGCGUAUGGCGGCACGGUAUUGUGGGACGGAGAGGUGAUGGACAAGUCACUAGAUCAAGUGGUCCGCAACUGGUGGGAAACCGACGGUGCCCCCACACAGUACGCCGACAGCUGUCUCUGGUUUCAAAACGACGAGAACUGUGUUGACUGUCUGAUGCUAGCCGACACACACUCAUCGCAGAUGAGACUGUACGGCGCCAAUCCAACAUUGGGGGAAAACCGCGGUCUUCCGGAGCAAGAGCCGAGGUGUCAGGAGGAGAAAUGGAAAAACGAAGUCCUUGCUCCAGCAAUCGAUGCAAGCGAGCAGAAGGAAAAAAAGCUCCAAAAAGCGCAGAAGCGCAUGCGGGAACAAUUUACAAGCACGACGACGACUACGACGACUACGAGCACCACAACUGUAACGACCACUAAGACCACAACUUCAACAACGACGACGCUGGGGAUUAAUCUUGGAGGAGCAAGUACUGCUACAACCAAGCCCAAGCGGCCUCCGGUGAUUUGGAUUCCCAAUUCCGGCGUGUCGAAAGAACAGGGCGGAGCGGGAGGAAAUACAACCAUUUUUGAGUCGAGCGACGCCCCCGCGGAGCCGACUCGCAUGGGGCCGCCAGGAGGAGAGGGGGAAGUGGGAGGCGGUGGGUGUUGCUAAUUAUAUGAAUUCGAUUUUGUUUCUUCUAUUCAUGUACAAGAUGAUUAUGGUGGUCUGUUUAACACCAUGUUCAUGAGUUACGCUACAGCAGCUGAACAACCCGAAAAGUUCUUGUCGAUUAUACUAUUCACAUGAUUUCUUGUAGCAUAAUUUUGUUCGAUCGUUUAGGUUUUUGUCUUUAUCCUUUUAUUUUCCAUGGUCCCAGAGAAAAUUUUUCCCAAUCCCAGAUUUGCCUUCGACCAUGCUAUAUGAAGCUGAGCCGCACGAUUUUGAAUUCUAUUUCGACCAUGGCGCUUCCUUGGCUUG